AUGAGUAGUAUGACUGUCUUUGAACCUACUACUCCUUGGAAGUAUGAAGUGAUUUUUGGACCUUCAAAUGAUUUUCUUUAUAAGAAGAAUCCUUCUGUUAAAGUAAAAAAUCCUUCACCACCAAAUUCUAGUGGAAAGAAAACAAAAAAGUAUUGGUCCUUUGAACAAAAGAUGUUUGCUGUUGAAAAAGUCCGUUUAAUUGGACUUACUAAAGCUGCUAGAUUCCUUCAAGUGACUGAACCAGAAACUUAUGGGGAUUUAUCUCCUUCAACGUUGCAAUAUUGGAUCAAGCAAACUAAAAGAUCUCAAUGA